GUACAAUUUCUAGAAGUGCGGAAAAUGGAAAGACCGUUGUUUACCUUGUGGCUUUUCAUCUGUUCUUUGUUAUGUUUGUAUGGUCCUAUUGGAUGACAAUAUUCACAUCUCCCGCUACCCCCUCCAAAGAGUUCUACUUGUCCACUUCUGAAAAGGAAGCUUAUAUAAAAGAAUUCAGCCAAGAAAGACAACAAGAAAUUUUGAGAAGAGCAGCAAGAGACUUACCUAUCUAUACCACAACGGCUUCAAAAACUAUAAGAUAUUGUGAAAAGUGUCAGUUGAUUAAACCCGAUCGGGCCCAUCACUGCUCAGCGUGUGACACAUGUGUUCUUAAGAUGGAUCAUCACUGUCCUUGGGUGAAUAACUGUGUGGGAUUCUCUAAUUACAAAUUCUUCAUGCUGUUUUUGUUGUAUUCCCUGUUGUACUGCCUUUUUAUUGCAGCAACAGUUUUAGAAUACUUCAUAAAAUUUUGGACGAAUGAACUGACAGAUACGCGAGCAAAAUUCCACAUACUUUUCCUUUUCUUCGUGUCUGCAAUGUUCUUCAUCAGUGUCCUGUCACUGUUCAGCUACCACUGCUGGCUCGUCGGGAAAAACAGAACAACUGUAGAAUCAUUCCGUGCACCUACGUUUUCAUAUGGACCUGAUGGAAAUGGUUUCUCUCUCGGAUGCAGUAAAAAUUGGAGACAAGUGUUUGGUGACGAAAAGAAAUAUUGGCUACUUCCAGUGUUUUCAAGCUUGGGUGAUGGCUGCAGUUUCCCAGCUCGCCUGGUGGGGAUGGAUCCAGAGCAGGCUUCUGCGACGAACCAGAAUGACCAUGCUAGAAGUAUUGGCUCAAAUCCGCCUUUUCCUACCAGACCCCUUAGCGAAUCAAAAAACCGUUUGUUGGACACUGAAUCUCAGUGGCUGGAUAACGGGGCUGAAGAAGGAGCCGUGAGAUCAGGGACAAAUAACCAUGUCACAGUGGCAGUGGAAAAUUGAGUUCCACUUGUUCCUAACUAACCAUGCGGUCAGAGCAAGGUGUAUAAAAACAUUAUGGACUGGCGUUUUCCAUUUCAUUUGCAAGAAAAUGAUGGAUGGAGUGAAGUCAAAUGUAACAGAAGAUCUAUUUUUUAAAAACGGAAGUCUUUGUGCAGUUCACUGGAUCUGCAGAAGCACUACAGAACAGUGAUGCCUUAAUUUUAAGUGUGCAUUUGUGCAUCGCGGACUCACAGCUCAGAAGUGACUUGAUUCCCCUUUGGAAAGAACGCUUGCCUGUCAGGAGAUGCUGGUAGGAGCUCCAUCCCACGUUCACAUGGCAACCGUGUUACACCUGAGUUAUAAUAUUAGCGCGAUCGCUUCGUUUCCAGGUAGAUGUUCACUCCAAAACACAUGCUAAAAUCUUGUCUUAAGUGAAGUACAUCUGGGACAAUUGGUGGCUGAAAUGAAUAAUAUCCAAAUUACAAUUGCCUGAACUAUAAUAAGGGAAAGAAAAUGACUGUUUUUUAAAAAUUGGGUGUUUGCUAAUUUAUACUUUUUAUACUUUUCAACAUUUUUAAUAAAGAUCUUUUUAUUCUUGACUAUAAAAUAACAUACUCAGAAGGAUUUAGAUACCUAAAUGUAAUCAUGUAGAAUGUAGAACACGUUGGUAUAAUUCACUGAGGGCUUUUUGUUAAGCGUGUACAACCAUGUAGUGUGCUUUGUACCCAAGGGUUUAAGGAGACAUGGCUGUACAAGGUGGUGGACUCUCUGCUUUUUAAUUAUUUUUUUGUUGGUCUGAGGGUAUUAUGGGAGGCACAAAUUACAUGUGGUAUAAAAGAUUUGACACAGUAAAGUUAGAUGGAACUGGCUAGAAGAAAAACAAAACGAUAGGCAGCAUAUUGUAAGCCGUUAAAUGUUUUCAGUUCUAAAGGCAUUUAAAACAAAACACUGUUUAGUUGACUUUCAAUGUUUGAUUCAGGUUCUGGCUAAGAAUUAUUUUGAAACUUUUUACAGUAAUGUUAUAACAGCUUAAACAGUGAAUUAAAAUGCAGUUUGAACUAGAAAAAAACUUCAGAAUAAUGUAACUCUCAGGAAGAAAUUGUAAGCUUCAGUAGUCAUUUAAAAUUCCCAGUCUCUGAGAAAUGGAUUCCAGUUCUAAGUGCCAAAUCUUAAAUCAGACUAUAAAAGGAAAAUACUAUAAAAGAUGAACACUGCAGAACUGCUACUCCUCCUCAGUGUACGGGUUAACCAAACACACUCCUCCAGAUCGGUUCCAGUACAUGGGUGAAGAGAGACUUUACCAGCAUCUGUAGCAGAGGUUGUCAUUUCCUUGCCUAUAAAAUGGGAUUGCAGGGUAGAGGGCACCCUGAAUGAGUUUCACGGGAUGACUUCUAACAUUCUGUAAUUCCUAUUUGCAAAAUACCCUUGCUUUCCAUUCAUCUACCAAUAUUUUUGGAGUACUUUCUGUAAGUCAGUGUAUUAGAAAUAGCACUCUAAUUUUCUAAUCUAGCUCAGAUUCUAUAGUUGAUAUGCCAAGUUUACAAUAUGAAGGACUAAUUUGCAUUGACCACACUAAUACUAAAUCUUAAGAAAGUAACUUGUUUUCUCUCUGGACCAAAAGAAUGAGUUAGCUUUGAAAACACCAUUUGGAAAGUACUGCUCUAGGUUUUUCUACUUUUAUUUCCACUCUUUAGUCUCCAUAAUCUUCAUUUUAGAAAACUAGCAGGAGAGUCAAGAUAUCAGUUAGCAGCCAAAAGCCUAACUUCACUUCGGUGGUUUUGCAUGUUACAGGAAUUAAUAGUUUAAAAAUACUUGACAACUUCUAGAAAUGCUCAGGUCUUUGUGAGUACAUUUCAGUCAGAGGGUUUGCAUGCACCUGGCUAGCUAAGGAAGCAUUUUCCCUUUAACCUAACUCAGGCACUUUUGUGAAUUUAUGGUAUUUUUUAAUUCAUUUGUUACUUAACGUCACCUUUAAUAGUAUAGUAAGUAUCGUACCUUUUUAGAAAUGUCAGUUAAAGGCACUUACUUUAGUUACCUUUGAUUUAAUUAAUUUACAGCCAACAUUUGGCCACAUGGUAAACAUUUCGCUAACUUUACUUAGUAUCUGGGACCAUUCGUGAGGGGCCUACAAGGGGGUGAGGGGAAGGCGGCCUCUUUGGCAUUUCUACUGGUGUGGGUUACCGCUCUCAGCUGUGUGGGCGCAAAAGAUCAGACGAAGCCUUGCCAAAACUUCUGAUUACUUCGGUCCUUCGAACACUUGAACAUUUGUGAUGAUACUUAAGGAAAGUGCAGUUGAAUUUCAGGUCUUGCUGUUGCCA